AAAGCUCAUCACAUUAAACCUUUGCAUACAUGGAGACAACAUAUCAGAAGCUCUUUGCAAUCUCCUUGGUUCUGUGCCUGGUUGCUUCCAUUCAGGUGCAGACAGCCCCAGUUUCAUAUGGGGCAGGCCUCAUCCAACGGGCCAAGCGCUCCUUGCUUUGGCGCUGGAACACCUUGAGACCCGUUGGAGCCAGUUGCCGGGAUCACGCCGAAUGCGGGACCAAAUAUUGCAGGGAACAAACCUGUUCGUUCAGGGUUUUUUCAUCUUAAUACUAGAAGAAAUUGAGAAACCCCCUGUGGUGCUCCA